CAACCAUUGAAAAGACAAAGGCCAAAAAAUAAAUACGAUAUGGUGAAAACCAGGAAGACCGUAAGAAAGCAAAUUUCAUCAGUUUCAACAAAUACUGAUGAAAGUUCACCAGAGUGUACUAUUAAUUUAUCUGACUCUGAGAGUAAGAAUGUCAGAAAAGUUUAUAAGCGCUUUUUUGGGAGACUUUGCUUGGUUUUAAAAAAUCCUACUGAAAUUGCUGCAGAGUUUCAGAUUAGGUGCCUCAUAUCCUACUCAGUUAUGCAUGAGCUACUCAUAUCUCCUGAAUCCCAGCAAUCAAAGGCCAUCACAUUAGUUACAGCUCUGCAAAAGAGAAUAGAAACACACCCAGAGAUAAUAUUUGCAAUCAUUGAAGUGUUAAUGCAAAAUGAAAUUCUUCAGCAAACUGGAAGAGAAAUGUUGACAGAAGCAGGAAAGGUUUGUGCUACUGGUAGAAAAAUCAUGUUUUCGGGAAAUCAGUCACUGUCUUCUGAGGCAUCGAUUCUUGGUAAAGAGACAUGGACCAUUGGAUUAAUAAAACCCAACAACCAACUACAUCCACCGUAAUAUCAAGAAGUACAUUAUCAUCACCUGGAGAAUUUCAUGGCGUAUCACAGUCAAGUGUAAAUCCGAUAUUGACAAGCACACUCUAAAGAAAUAUUCAGUUUUACCCUUGAAAUCAGACAUAGUGAUGAUAUUUCUCUGGUUGAGACAUUUGUUAGAGGUCUUAAUGAUCACUGCAAGUCUACCGCACCAACAAUUAAGCAUCUUCAAGUAGGAAUAUCUACUGAAACGGUGACCACUGUGACCAACUGCCUCUUUUGGCUAUUAAAAGCCAAUUUUUUGACUGAAAUUGAAUCAGUUGUAUUUAGAUCAGACGUCAUUGGCACUGCACUAGCCUAUGAUUUUAUAAAGUCACUUGUUCAACUUAAAUCACUUGAGAUUACUCUAGGUUCUUGUACAUGUUGGAAGUGGUUUGCUGCAUUAAAUUUCCUGAGUCAACUGAAGAUUUUGCAUAUCUGUGUCCGCAAAGAAUGCUCUCCCCUGGAACUGCCAAUCGAUCGCCAUUGCUUGACACUUCCGCCUAAAGUGACAGAUGUUGUGUUUUACAACAACUUCCCCUCUAAUUUAGCAUAUGAUAUGUGCAGUCAAACAGAUAAAUUAAUUGGCUCUGUACUGAAAUCAGUUAACGUUAACAGAUCAUCUCACAUCACUAAAUUGGUGUUGCCCAACAUAUCUCGUGAAACAAUGAGUGGUGUCUAUAACAUCCUACUACACUGUCCAAGUCUUGCCACAUUAGAACUAAGGAAUACUAAACUUGGUUAUGAUGGAAUCCUUUUCAUAUUUAGUACACUGAGAACCAACUCAACUCUAAAACAUCUUAAGAUUCAUGAGACUUUAGAACUACCAUCGUUCAAAACAAAAACACCGUUUAGUAUUGGAUACUCAUUCUUCAAAUCCAUGAAAAUAGUUCCUCUUUCAAGUAAGAUAACCUGCACCAGCUUUCUUCUGUCCCUAAAUGAUAUCCUUAGGCACAAUACCAGUCUGAAGGAUGUACAGAUUCAGUGUGGAUUGUUCCUCCCUCUUUCCACUGGUGGUUGCCGAGAAUGUUAUCAGUGGACAGGACUUGAACCUCUUUCACAGUUCAACCUAGGAGCUAUUAGUAGAGGCACACCUCCUAAUAUCAAAAGAUCAUUUUCAUCAUCAAAUCUGACUAAACCCCAGACCAAAAUUUUCUGGUGGCGACAAUAUAUGCCCACAGUACCAGAAUAUGCAGACGUAUGUUUUAACAAUAUAUUCUCGAGGAAGAAACCCGGAGAAAGAUCAUCCUCUCUACUGUCUUUCACUGCUCCAGACACAGACAUUCUACAGUCAUUCUCUGGUCUUGAUCCCCGUCUCAAGGAAUGCCUGGGGAUAUCUGAUCUCGAUCAGUACAAGAAUACGCUCAUUGAAACAUAUUGGGGGAUGAUGAAAGAACUCUCAUUACACUCACAACUCAAUGGCAGCUGCAAUGGUGUAGCUUAUUGUAUGGCAUACUGAAGAGAUAAAAGUAUCAAAAGUAUACCUUGUAAUCCAAUAUGCAACGUAAAAGUUACUUCCUUCUCUUCACUUAAUGCAUAAAACUAUUAAUUCUUAAUCAAUAAAAUUGUUUUAAAGUAGUUUAGUAUGUCUAUGCC